GGGGGAUGGACCGUCACCGUCGGUGGCAAGCGAUGUUGACAGCUGCGGAUUGGUCUUCGUCUUCGUCUUCUUCUUCGUCCUCGUCCUCGAGGAGUGUUGUUCGGGAAUGCGACGAGCGAGGUGGAAGGGUGAGGUGAAGUGAGGUGAAGUAAGGCGGGGUGUGUUGAGGUGUGGUGCGGCAGUGCUUCGUAGUUCGUAAAAUGCGGAGGAGAAUCUUUUUAUGAGGUGACAAGCUGGAAUUCAUGCUGUUGCCAGUUCACCAGGUUGGUCUGUCGUUUACUACGAUCCCUGGUCACUCAAUUUGCACCUCAACCAGCCAAACGAUCCAAAUCUCGACGAGCACGGCAAUCCUGGGACGUUCUGCGGACGUGCCUCUUUUAGGUUUUAUGAAGCGCUUCAUGCCGACCGAAGCUCUUUUCCUUUUUUCCCUACCUCUUCUAUUAAUAUUUAUUUCCCAUUCUCCCACCACCUGGCCGACCGGUUUGCAUAAGUGCGCCAUUGGAGGGGGGGAGGGUCUCUUCACAAUUGUCGAGUCUUCUAAUAAUAUUGCACGUUUCAGGUUAUGCAGCUGCCACAUUCCUGAUCCCAGAAUCAUUCUCCCGAUCGCAAUUGGUGCAGAGCAGCACGAUCUCCUUCCGGACCCAUUUUCAGUCUGCUGUGCUCCGAGAGGCUCCUCGAAGCGGAGAAGCCAGGAUGGCCUGAUCAGGCCUGUUACGGAAUGUAGAGUGCAGGAAUCUCUUCCUCUUUCCGGAAAAACAGAACACACCACAGGCAGUUCUAUCAUGUUUCGUCAGAGCCGCCUCCACCUUGAGGGAUCUGACGCGGGAAGUCAGUCAUUGACAACUUCUUCAGGAGUCCACUCCACGAAUGCUACAGAGCAGUCCGAAGCGACGAUCAGCUGGAUAUUCUGUGCCGCCUGCAGUGGCUAAUCCUUGAAGCCUGAACCUCCUUUUGGGAAUUGUCCUUGAUGAUAGCAGGGGAUACGAGGUGGCAGUGUGCCGCGACCCAAAAGACAGAUCACUGCCACCGAAUGUGUUGGCAGUGAGGCUGUGCUUCCAACUAUGCGUGUCUCGGCGUAGCAAGCGCACACGACCUUGUCCACAAGAUCUGAGAAGUCUUGGGCUUAGUCCUGCUCACAGAUCGACUUUGAAAGUUCGGCAGUUAUCAUCGUAAAAAUGAGGGAGAUAUUAUUUCAAUGCAAGAUGC